GAAGAUCUCACGCUCGCCGUAAGGGGUUGGAGUGGCCGCUUUAUCACCAUUGGGAAACUUGGCCUGAUAGAGCUGCACCAGGGAGAGACCCCCUCCCUCCUCGUCAUCAUCGGCCCUUCCCCUGGGGGGGAUCGAUAAGUGGGAUCGAUCCAUCGGUGAUCAGCUCUGGGGAGGGGGUCCCCGCCUACAACUCCACCCCGUUCGGUCGCGUCUCGGGCGGGAUCCCGGGCCAAUCAUCUAAUAAUGUAGUCGCGUUUAAUAUCCCCUUUGGAGGAUUCACUCCAAUAUGGCCUGACAUGAGCAACUCUUCAUGAAGCACUCAUCGCAGUUAAGACUAUCAAUAUGACUGAUCCCAUGAUGGAUUUUUUCGAUGACACACACCUGUUUGAUGAAACAUUGGGUUUGUCUGACGAUGCCUUUGCUCAACAUGAUCACGUGUCCCUGGUUGAUGAAUUGAACCUUGGUGCGGAGUUUGAACCCCUCCAUGUUGACUCACUAAACCAUAUGCAGGAUGCUCAAGCGCACCAGAAACUUAGUGAGUUUGAUACACUUAACCAGUUUGAUUCCAUCAAGUUGCACCAAAUAAGUAGAUCAUACAGCAGUCCAGUUGAAAGCGUUCUGUCACCACGAUCACAGUUCAGUUGCUCUCCAAUACAUCCUCCAAGCCAAGGCAAUGGCAUGUUUGCUGACGAUGGGAGCCCCAUGUGGGGUCACCAAACUGCCACAUCAAUCCCAAAUCAGAAUGGCUCCCCGUUCAGCCAACAACACGGACACACUCAGUCUAUGCAGCAAAGUAAAGGAUUUGUAACACACCAUGAUUUUGCCUUGUUUCAGGCCGGCGAGCAACAGCAGGUCUCAAUACAACAGCAGCACAAUAGGAACACUUUGAACACAGGUCAGGAAACAUUGAAUCAACCAAAAACUUUCAUGGAUGUUAAUGUGUCUUUACCCCAUAGGACUUCUAACACCCACCAAAUGCCUAUGGUCAAUAACACAACUUCACAAGAUUCUUUGCCUUUACAACAGUUUUCUCAAUCUACGUCCACAUCAUUGCACUUCUGCGGUAAUCCAGUUGCCACUCAGCAUGACAGCACGUUUGAUAGCCACUCUCCGGCGCCAUGUUCUGUGAAUGCAACACAAACUUUUUCUUCUCACUAUCCCUUCUCCAACAAUCACCUUAACCAUGCCACACAUUCUCUGUCUGAUUUCACCGAAAGUCAAGGGUUUGCAGAUUUGGGAGCCAAGCAGGAACCUAGUCAGCAUGUACUGAACCCUAGUGACCAACUGCAUUCUAAUGAUUUCCAGAUGGUGCAUUCUUCACAUCCUCAGGGUAACUACAAUGGAACAAAAAUGUCUCCUAUGACCAUUAACUUCCCAUCUCAAGAUGGUCCUUCCGUUCGGUUGAGUCACUUUAAUGAUCACCUGGAAAGCAAUGGCUUUUCACCUUUGGAAGACAACCUGCUGCAGCAAGUGGAUUCUCAAUCAGAGCCGUUUACUGGGCUCGAUCCAGUGGAUCUGUUGCAAGAAGAUCUCUUACCAAAUUUUGAUGAUACAACCUAUUCUCAAGAUGGCUCGAAUUCAGAUCAUGCUGUCCUAUCUCAUCCUGGCACAGAGACCCACAUGGAGCAACAACAGAUAAAUAUCCCAAAUGAUCUACUCAAUUCUCAGCAUCAAAGUCCACAGCUGAAUCCGUGGAAUCCACUGACAUCCAAUCAGCUCAGCGCCCAUGAAAGGCCGUACGUGGCUUCACAAGGAAAGCCUCCCUCCUCCAAAAAGCUUGAUGGUUCUCGGACCUACCAUAAGCUGCCGAAUUCCAAGGUGAGGUCAACAUCCGAAAAGCGCCCCAAAAAGAAGGUGGAUUCUGAGAGCAAGCAGGAGAAGGCUAAUCGGAUCAUCUCUGAAGCCAUUGCCAAAGCUAAGGAGAGGGGCGAGAGGAACAUCCCACGGGUCAUGAGCCCUGAGAACUUCCCAAGUGUUUCCUCUUCAGAGGGUAAAGAGGAGAAACGGGGGAGAAAAGCAAAAUCCAAACCCAAGGAGAAGGAGAGUAAGAAAACCAAAGCUGGGCUGACCUCCAAACUUAAAGAGAAGAAGAAAAUCGGGAAAUUAAUUAUUACUCUGGGCAAAAAGCAGAAACGAAAGAUUGAAUCCUCCGAUGAAAUCUCCGACUCUGAAGCUGUCUCACGUGCUCUCAAAGAGGAAGAGGCUCAGAAACGAAGAUCAAAUCGGCAAGUAAAGCGGAAGAAGUAUGCAGAGGAGGGUGAAGGGAAACAAUCUGAGGAAGAACCAAAGGCCAAUGCUAAAAACAAAAAAAGUGCCAGCCACCUACCAGCAGAGCAGCCUUUACAACUCUUUGUGGAAAACCCUAGUGAAGAAGAUGCUGCCAUUGUAGACAAAAUCUUAUCCUCAAGGAUUGUAAAGAAGGAGACUACAUCUGGGAUGUUUAUUGAGGUGGAAGAAUUUUACGUAAAGUACAAAAACUAUUCUUACCUGCACUGUGAAUGGGCUACAGAACAGCAGCUACUGAAGGACAAAAGAAUUCAGCAGAAGAUAAAGCGUUUUAAGGUCAGACAGGCACAGAGGGCACACUUUUUUGCUGAUAUGGAAGAAGAAAUGUUUAAUCCAGACUAUGUGGAAGUGGAUCGUGUGUUAGAAGUUUCCUUCUGUGAAGAUAAUGAUACUGGGGAGCCUGUUAUUUAUUAUUUAGUGAAGUGGUGCUCACUGCCAUAUGAAGAUAGUACAUGGGAACUGAAGGAAGAUGUUGACCAGGCAAAAAUAGAGGAGUUUGAGCAUCUGCAGGCUGUAAGACCUGACAAUAGAAGAGUGGAACGGCCACCCCCUAACAAUUGGAAGAAAAUUAAUCAGUCAAGAGAAUAUAAGACUGGUAAUCAGCUCCGAGAAUAUCAAUUGGAAGGACUCAACUGGCUGCUUUUCAAUUGGUAUAACAGGCGGAACUGUAUUUUGGCAGAUGAAAUGGGCCUAGGCAAAACUAUUCAGAGCAUCACUUUUCUACAUGAGAUAUACCUGUCAGGGAUCCAUGGCCCAUUCCUCAUUAUUGCUCCUCUCUCCACCAUCACCAACUGGGAGCGUGAAUUUAGAACCUGGACAGAUCUCAAUGUGGUUGUGUACCAUGGCAGCAUGAUCAGCCGGCAGAUGAUCCAGCAGUAUGAGAUGUAUUUUCGGGAUUCUCAGGGUCGUAUUAUCCGAGGGGCGUACAAGUUUCAUGCCAUCAUCACCACGUUUGAGAUGAUUUUGGGAGGCUGCCCAGAGCUCAAUGCCAUUGAAUGGAGAUGUGUUAUCAUUGAUGAAGCCCACAGGCUAAAGAACAAGAACUGCAAACUGCUGGAGGGAUUGAAACUCAUGAACCUGGAACACAAGGUGCUUCUAACAGGAACUCCGCUGCAGAACACAGUGGAGGAACUCUUCAGUCUGUUACAUUUCCUGGAGCCUCUGCGCUUUCCCUCUGAGUCUACAUUCAUGCAAGAGUUUGGAGACUUGAAAACCGAGGAGCAGGUCCAAAAACUGCAAGCUAUUCUCAAGCCAAUGAUGCUUCGAAGGCUAAAAGAAGACGUGGAAAAAAAACUAGCGCCUAAGGAAGAAACUAUCAUAGAAGUAGAGCUAACCAACAUCCAGAAGAAAUACUAUAGAGCCAUCUUGGAAAAGAAUUUUGCGUUUUUGUCCAAAGGGGCCGGCCAAGCAAAUGUCCCCAACCUAGUAAACACGAUGAUGGAGCUACGCAAGUGCUGUAACCAUCCGUAUCUCAUCAAAGGGGCUGAAGAAAAGAUCCUUGGAGAAUUCAGAGAGACACACAACCCAAUGGCUGCAGAUUUCUACCUCCAAGCUAUGAUCCAGUCUGCUGGGAAGCUGGUCCUCAUUGAUAAACUCCUGCCAAAAAUGAAAGCUGGAGGCCACAAGGUGCUCAUAUUCUCCCAGAUGGUGCGUUGUUUGGACAUAUUAGAAGACUAUCUCAUGCACAAGAGAUAUCUCUAUGAGCGCAUUGAUGGUCGAGUACGUGGAAAUCUCCGGCAAGCAGCCAUUGAUCGCUUCAGUAAGCCUGAUUCUGACCGGUUUGUGUUCCUCCUUUGCACCCGAGCAGGAGGUCUGGGGAUAAACUUGACAGCUGCUGACACCUGUAUUAUAUUCGAUUCUGACUGGAAUCCACAAAAUGACCUCCAGGCUCAGGCCAGGUGUCACAGAAUCGGUCAAAACAAAGCUGUGAAGGUCUAUCGAUUGAUAACCAGAAACUCCUAUGAACGAGAGAUGUUUGACCGAGCCAGCCUUAAGUUGGGUUUAGACAAAGCUGUUCUACAGAGCAUGAGUGGAAGAGAAAACAGCGUUGGAGGGAUUCAACAACUCUCGAAAAAAGAGAUAGAAGACCUUUUAAGGCGGGGUGCAUAUGGAGCCAUCAUGGAUGAGGAGGAUGAGGGCUCAAAGUUUUGUGAGGAAGACAUUGACCAAAUCCUUCAGAGGAGGACAAAGACCAUUACUAUAGAAUCUGAAGGGAGAGGGUCAACGUUUGCCAAGGCUAGUUUUGUGGCAUCUGGUAAUAGAACUGACAUCUCUUUGGAUGACCCGAACUUCUGGCAGAAAUGGGCUAAAAAGGCUGAAAUUGACAUAGACUCUAUGAGCGGCAGAAACAGCCUGGUCAUUGAUACACCAAGGAUACGCAAACAAACCCGACCCUUUAGCGCUACCAAGGAUGAAUUAGCAGAGCUCUCUGAAGCAGAAAGUGAAGGAGAUGAUAAACCCAAGCUACGAAGACCAUAUGAUCGUCUAAAUGGAUAUGGUAGAACUGAAUGCUUCCGAGUCGAGAAGAACCUUUUGGUUUAUGGGUGGGGAAGGUGGAGAGACAUAUUGUCACAUGGCCGCUUUAAGAGACAGCUUAAUGAGCAGGAUGUGGAAAUAAUCUGCCGAGCAUUGCUGGCUUACUGCCUGGUGCACUAUAGAGGAGACGAGAAGAUCAAGAGCUUCAUCUGGGACCUCAUCACGCCAACAGAAGACGGGAGGACACGCGAGUUGCAGAAUCACCUCGGCUUAUCUGCUCCAGUACCACGAGGCAGGAAGGGGAAGAAGGUGAAGACCCAGGCUAGUACUUUUGACAUUCACAAGGCUGAAUGGUUGCGAAAGUAUAACCCAGAACAUCUUCUCCAAGACGAUGGGUAUAAAAAGCACUUAAAGCAUCACUGUAACAAGGUGUUACUUAGAGUGAGAAUGUUGUAUUAUCUCAAGCAAGAAGUGAUUGGUGCCCAUAGCAAAAGUGUUCUUGAAGGAGCUGAUGCCAGUGAAAUUGACCUAUGGAUUCCUGAGCCAGAUCACUCAGAGCUACCAGUGGAUUGGUGGGACGUAGAUGCAGAUAAGUCACUUUUGAUCGGCGUAUAUAAACAUGGGUAUGAAAAGUACAACACAAUACGGGCAGACCCAGCUCUUUGUUUUCUUGAACGAGCUGGAAAGCCAGAUGAAAAAGCUGUGGCAGCAGAACAGAGAGCCAAUGAUUACAUGGAUGGUGAUGUUGAAGAUCCGGAGUACAAGCCUGCCCCUGCACUAUUCAAAGACGACAUGGAAGAUGAUGCAUCCUCUCCUGGUGACUUGGUGAUAGCAGAUGGAGCAGAUGGGCAGGUACUCGAAGGAGACAAAAGCUACUGGCCCACACAGUCUGGACUAACCACCCGUCUACGACGACUUAUCACAACAUUCCAACGCACUACUAAAUUUAGGCAGGUUCAGCAGAUCCAACCCAUGUUUCCUGUUCAUGCAACUGUGACACAAACACCUUAUGAAGAUGUUUCUCUGAAUCCAAAAGUAGCCGCAAAAAUUGAAAGGCAGCAAAGAUGGACCCGAAGGGAGGAAGCUGACUUUUACCGUGUAGUUUCCACUUUCGGAGUGGUGUUUGAUCCAGGAAGAGGACAGUUUGAUUGGACCAAGUUUCGAGCUAUGGCAAGACUCCAUAAAAAGACAGAUGAAAGCCUUGAGAAGUACCUUUAUGCCUUUAUAGCAAUGUGCCGAAGAGUGUGCCGGUUGCCUUGUAAAGAAGACCUAGCGGACUCAUCCAUCUCAAUCCAGCCAAUAACAGAAGAGCGAGCCUCCAGAACCUUGUAUCGCAUUGAACUUCUGAGGAAAAUUCGGGAGCAGGCUAUCCACCACCCUCAGCUGUUUGAGCGCCUUAAGCUCUGCCAACCAAACACAGAUAUACCAGUGUGGUGGGAAUGUGGGAAGCACGAUAGGGACUUGUUAAUUGGAGCUGCUAAGCAUGGUGUAAGCAGAACUGAUUAUCACAUUCUACGGGAUCCAGAACUUUCUUUUAUGGCAUCUCAGAAAAAUUAUAACCAUAAUAAAGGGACCCCCUCUACUCCGCUCUCAGCCCCUCAGAGCCAGCUGCUAUUAUCUGCAUCACCUCUUACUCCUCAGUCUCGGACACAAGAUCUAAAAGGGAGCCCUAAUCAUGAGAUUAAAGUGAGAGACGAAGAUGGAAAGGACGAAAACCCUUUACCGGCCAUAGAGUCUGUGAAACUGAAGGUUGAGGCAGUAAGUCCCAUCAAUGGUCCAUUGCCUCUUCCUGGAGAGCAUAAAUCAGUUGUUAAGCCUGAGACAGACAGGCGCAUGGUGGCAGCAAGGACUGAGCCGCUAACACCCAAUUUAACUUCCAAGAAGCCGAGAAUGAGCAAGCGUGGGUCAGGCUCCAGUUCAGACUCCGAUUCUGACACCAACCGAUCUUCUUGCUCAUCCAGAUCUUCCUCUUCGUCAUCUUCCUCCUCCUCCUCUUGCUCGCGCUCAGGAUCCAGCUCUUCCUCCUCUUCUUCCUCUUCAUGUUCAUCGUCAUCCUCAUCGUCUUCCUCCUCCUCUUCAUCUUCAUCAUCCUCAUCUGAGGACAGUGACAGUGAUGAUGGGGAUAGACAAAAAUGUGAGCGAGUGCCUCAUGUGAAGGCGUACGAUGAAGAAAGUGUGGCCUCUAUGAGCACCCUACAAGACGAAACUCAGGACAGCUUCCAGCUAGAUAAUGGAACUCCAAACUCUAACUAUCUUAUACAAGGAGGAUAUAUGUUUGCUGCUGCUCAUUGGCCUAAGGAUCGGGUGAUAAUCAACAGGUUGGACAGCAUUUGCCAGGUAGUAUUAAAAGGGAAAUGGCCCACUACUCGGAAGAACUAUGAUGGCACCAGUGUGGCGUCUUUCUAUACCACCAAACUACUGGACAGUCCUGGGGCUGCCACAGAGUACAGUGACCCAGGAACACAGCCACCCACAUGUAUUACCAUCAAGGAAGAAAGCAACCAGUCGCAACAGAUGUCAAAGGUGAAGAAGCAUGUACAAGAAAAGGAAUUUACAGUGAAAAUCAAUGACGAAGGCGGCUUGAAAUUGACUUUUCAGAAACAAGGGAUUCCUCAAAAACGGCCGCUGGACAGUGAAGAAGGAAUGGGACAACAGCAGUAUUUGGCGCGGCUGCAAGAUCUCCAGAAUGCUUCAGAGGCCAGCCUUGUAACCUUUCCUAAAUCUACUGCAGCUUCAGGUACUCCCAAUAUGGUGCCAAGUGCCAAUGUGAAUGGCAUGGGAAUAGAGGCACAGCCUGUCAUCAAGAGAAGAAGAGGCAGAAGGAAGAAUGUGGAGGGUGUUGACAUUCUGUAUAUGAAUAGGAAUAAGCUACUUAAUCAUGUUAACCAAGCUGUGACUCCUGCCCUGUCACAACCUGCUUCCUGCCCACCGUUACCCUCUGGACCCCAGCCACAUGGAGCACAGGAUGCCGACAGCCCUGUUCCUGUCAUUAAUUUAAAAGAUGGCACAAGGCUUGCCGGGGAUGAUGCUCCAAAAAGAAAGGAUCUCGAAAGCUGGCUUCAGGCCCAUCCUGGCUAUGUGGAAGACUUGGGGGCGUUUAUUCCUAGAAUGCAGCUUCAUGAUGGAAGACCUAAGCAGAAAAGGCACCGCUGCAGGAAUCCGAACAAGCUGGAUGUGAACAGCCUCACAGGAGAGGAGCGCGUCCAGCUCAUCAACAAGAGGAAUGCCCGAAAGGUUGGAGGUGCUUUUGCUCCUCCUCUGAAAGACUUGUGCCGCUUUCUGAAGGAAAAUCCAGAAUAUGGUGUGGCUCCUGAGUGGGGGGAAGUUGUCAAGCAAUCUGGCUUUCUCCCAGAUAGCAUGUUUGAUCGCAUCUUAACAGGCCCUGUGGUGCGUGAGGAAGUAAGCAGGAGAGGGAGGAGGCCGAAAAGCGAAAUUGCCAAAGCCACAGCUGCUGCUGUGUCUGCAGGCAACUCUGUAAAUGUCAACUCACUGUUGGCUAAUGGCCUGAUCCAAAGUAUGGACCUCUCCAGCUAUCAAGCCCUACAGCAGAACUUCCAGAACCUCCAGUCUCUGCAGUUAACAGCUGGACUAAUAGGUUUACCUGCUGGCCUCUCUACAACUGGUGGUGAUGCGAAGAACAUGGCUGCCAUGUUCCCUAUGCUGCUGUCUGGUAUGGCGGGACUGCCCAAUCUAUUGGGUAUGGGAAGUAUUUUGAAUAAGUCCUCAGAACCCUGCGCUGAAGGGAAGAAGAACUGUACAAAGGAGGGCAAAGAAGUUAAUAACAAUAAAGAAAGGACGAUAUCUCCUACCGGUGAUAAAACCAAGCAGAACUCAAGUCCUCCUUCCACAUCCAUGGGAGCUGCGAUACAAGCAGGUUCCUUAUCUAUUAACCCAUUGUUGUUACCCAACAUACUCUACCCAGGGAUGCUCCUCACUCCAAGCCUUAAUCUUCACAUCCCAGCUGUGCCCCAGCCUAAUGUGUUUGAUGUACAAAAUACUAAUAAUAAGAACACUGAUCCUGUUCCAGUCUUGGAUUGUGCAGCAGAACCACCACCUCCUGACCAAAGUCAGGAAGAAAAAGCUGGGAAUGAGGUGGCCUCCCAAAAUGAGAACAGCACAGAUGAAGGUUCUGAGAAGGCAGACCCUUCAUCAGGAUCCAACAGCCCCUCAUCUUCUUCAUCUGAAGACUCAGACUCCUCAGAGGAAGACUAAACCUUAAUAGAACCUGCACUUAAAUUAUAUUAAAAAGAAAAAAAAACUUUUGGAUCCUCCUGCCUAAAAUCAUUUUAAUUGUAAAUAUCUGUGUAAUAAGUGCAUCGAUGGAUUUUCUGGACAGGCAGACAUUUCAGUAUUUGUUCUAAAGAUGCAAAUAGCGUUUUAAGAAAACGAUUUGCAUGUAAUGCUCUCGCAGAGAUGAACUUGUAUGUAUUAUGAGAAAAUAGACACCGUGCUGUAAGGAAAUUACAGCAAAAGGCAUUAAUUUUGUUUGAGGGAAGUCGGGAGGGGGGUAAUUUUAUGGAAAAAACAGAAGAAAAAAAAGACGACAAAAAAAAUAAAAAUAAAAAACGUGCUCUCUAAGAGCUGUAUAUAAAUAAUAUAUUUGCAGUGAAACACAGAAUCCUCUAAGUAUAUUGUGGUUUUCAUUUCUGCCUUUAGUUUUAUACGAUUUAUUCAUGCACAUCAUUUACAGAACUCAGCAAUAAUUUUGGGCAAUUUCCGAAUGUUAUUUCAGCGGCCCAGUUUUUAUUUCACCUUAAAGGGAAAUGAUCAUGAAAAAUAGGAUUUUAUUUUAUUUUUGUAAGUUAUGACAGCAUCAUGUAGUACAUGAAAUAAGCAACGCGGAUAUUUAUUUCUCAUCUGAAAUAUACUUUUUGACUCUGUAAGAGUGUGGUUUAUGCCUCGCCCACGUGAAAGCACAAAUGAUGGAAGCUACCCGACACCCACUACACUCUCAACCGGUUCCUGAUAAUGUAUUGUCCCCUCUACAGGGUACAAGGAUCUCCUAAAGGGACGGAGAAAAUAAGAUUUGGGUUCAUCUUGUGAAAAUCAAAGAGCCUAUGUCUUGGCAUCUCUACUCCAUUUGCAAAAGGGAUGUUGGCUAAAGAGAUUUAUUCUUGCAUCUCGUGCAGCAGUUUUUUGCUUUUUUUUAUUACCUCAGCUCAGUUUCUCAGUGCCACCAAUUGUUGGUGCUGGUUAUGUCACUGGUGCAUCAUAGCAGUAAGAACAUGCAUUUUAGCAUUAAAGGAUAUUGAAUGCAAUGCAGAUCAGACCCCACCAGCACAAGAAUUGAACUGUUCAUGCAUGCCAGACUAUCAGUAUUUACACAGUAAGUCCACCACAAGGUUGGCAUCUUCACAUCUUUAUAUAUAUAAUCAGGUGCCAAUGUUUAUGCUGCCUCCCUUACAACACAACUAUUACUGUCAGUAUGGAAGAUGCAAUCUCAGGUACUGUGGCAUUCUGUUCUUUUUGUGGACGGCCAUAUUUAUCACCCACUAGCUAAUCGUAGAACAUUAUGACAUUAUUAAACUUCAUAGAAUGUGUCGGCAGGUAAGAACCAUUUGGCCCAUGUAGUCUGCCCAAUAUUCUGAAUACUAUGAAUAGUCCCUGGCCCUAUGUUAUAUGAAGGAUAGCCUUAUGCUUAUCUCUAUCUUAUAUGAAGGAUAGCCUUAUGCCUAUCCCAUGCAUGCUUAAACUCCUUCACUGUAUUUGCAGCUACCACUUCUGCAGGAUAUAUCGUAUCCAGGCCAUUUAAGAAACUUUUACUUUUUUUUUUUCUUUCCUGAAAAUGUUUUUGAUGCCUGUAGGUCAGCCCAAUUGGCUUGCUUCAGACAUGCCCUUACAUUUGUAAAAGAUUAUUCUCUUUAUUUACGUAGUGGCUUUCCGGGCAUGCUGAGAGUUGUAGUUUUGCAAAAAUUGAUGACACCCUGCUUUGGAAACACUGCUGUAUAGUGAUACAUGACGUCCCUAAGGCCCUGGAUUAGAGCGGCAUAGGCCUCUGUGUGCCUCUGUAUAGAGGUGCAGUAUUCUACUCUAAAAGUAAUUCUAGUAGAAGAGAAUACCCUGUAUAAUAUUCCCAGGGGUCAAGUCCUGGGAAAAGUGUAGGCACUCACCCAAGAUUUCCAGUCAAGUUGGGGUCCUGCAGGUUUCCUGCUAAUGGGAACAGUGUUCCUUCUGUGGAAAAAGUGCAGGAACUCAGUUUCCAUGUGUUCCUGCAGGACUUGAGCCCUGGAUAUUCCAUGUGUUGGAACAUGCCAUAAUAUUUCCCUUAAACCCUUCCUGCUAUAGGACGUAUGCAUACAUCCCAGCACCCGACACAUUCGCGCUGGGACGUAUGCAUGCGUCAUAGCGAUCUCAGGCACUGCCGCAGGCAGUGCAGGAGAUCAGCGGCGGGACCCGGCUGUCAAUCACAGCCGGAGUCCCGCCAGAGCCGCAAUCGCGCCAGUCCCGGCAGCAUUAACCCCAUAGAUGCCGUGAUCAAUACUGAUCACGGCAUCUAUGGUGUUGACAGGGGGAGUGCGCUUCCCCUGUUCACCAACGGUGGCACGGCGAUACGAUCGCGGGUCGACGUUGGUUGCUAUGGCAACAGGAGGUCAGAUCAUGACCUCCUGUCUGCCUGCUAUGGAAGCCUGUGAGAUCCAGCCACAGGCUGGAUCGCACAGGCUGUACUGUGUGCAACUGAUCGGGUCAUACUGUGCUGCAGUACAAAUGUAUUGCAGCAUAGUAUAACUUGUAAAAAGUGUAAAUAAAAUAAAAAGUUCUUCAAUAAAAGUAUGAAGUGUAAGAAAAUUUAUUUUAAAAAAUGCCCCUUUCCCAAUAAAAGACGUGUAUUAUCACCAAAAAAGAUCAAAAACACAAAUCAUAUACAUAAGUUAUUGCCACGUCUAUAAUGACGUGUACUAUAAAACUAUGAUCUAAAUUAUUCCGCACAGUGAACGCCGUAAAAAAUAAAUUAAAUAAAAUAAAAAGCGCAAAAUUCGACAAUUGUGUCACAAAGCGUGUCAACAAAAAAGCACCACUUUUAUAAAGUACAAUAUGUCACCAAAAAAAAUAAACUAUCUCAGAAUCACUUAAACUACCAUUUAAAGAGAUACAUGUCAAAUUAUAAAAAAGAGCCUGGUCAUUAAGGUAAAAAAUGGGUCCGUCCUUAAGGGGUUAAUCCAUAUGCUCUGUACAAUAGCAGAUUUAGAGGACCAUGGCAGUUUGUGGGUACCACAAUACAGUAUCAGCACUAUACUUUUCCAUGCAGCCAUGUGCAUGGGCCAUAAGAAAGUAUCCAGUUUCUUAUAGGAUAAACUAAGCACUUAAUCCCAUGAGGAUAUGUAAUCCAAUAUUUGGGUUAUUUACUGUCAGUGUAAGAAUCUUAGUGGCAGGUUGCUAAAAAAAAAAAAAAAAAAAAAAAAAUAGAAAUUUGACUCUUAAAUGGAUUCUUCACCUUCAAGUCUUCCAGUGCUUAUUCCAUAAUGUUCAUUUCAUUUGACUGGUUCUACAAAUGCCAACAAGGCGCUAUGAGCCACAUGUAGUAUUACUGUCAUUGGCUAUCAAUUUAAUGACACUUGAGACUCAAUAAUAAUUAUUUCUUUAUGUAGCACCAACAUAUUCUGCAGCGCUAAACCAUUACCCCCAUUACUCUUUGGCCCCGAUGGAGCUCAAAAUCUUAAUGACAAACGAACCUAUCAGUAUUUUUUGUUUCUAGUGCAUACUUCAUUUUAUAGUUCUACAUCAGUAAUCUCCAAACUGGACCUCCGGCUGUUGCAAAACUACAAU